AUGGAGUCGCACCAACUCAAGCAUCGCGCUGUCUCCGCGAACGAAGAAGUCCGCAGCCAUGAUCGCGAUGUCACCCAUCUGGCGCGACUGGGAAAGAAAUCAGUCCUGAGGUACUCUGCUCAUGCCUCUAUCGAAGUUAGUAAUGCCAGGCUAGAGAACACGAGGUCGGAACUAACAGCUUUCAGUGGUGGUCCCGGAGGCGCAGUCUACGCUUUUAUUUUCGCCUGGACGGGCACCGCAUGCUGCUUUGCGGUUAUAUCUGAAUUGGCGUCGAUGGCACCCACUUCUGGAGGCCAAUACCAUUGGUGCGCAAUGCUUGCGCCGCCGCAUCUCAUGAGGUUCCUUAGUUACAUGACAGGUAGGCAUACAAUCGAAUCCCCCAUUGGCACUACUAACCUCAUCGUCAUAGGAUGGGUUACCGUCAUCGGCUGGCAGGCCGCAUUCGCCUCGUCCUCGUUUCUCGCAGGAACUCAGAUCCAAGGCGCCAUCCGCCUCGGUCACGAACUUUACCAGGCGAAGCCCUGGCAUGGAACCCUUCUCAUGUGGGCGGCAGUCCUGCUGGCGUUGGGCAUCAACGUGGUCGGAGGCAAGCUGCUCCCCCGGCUUGAGACGGUCAUCCUGGUGGUUCAUCUGCUGGGCUUCUUUGCCAUUCUCAUCCCGAUGACCUACAUGGCCGACCACAAGUCCACCCACGAGGUAUUCCUCGAAUUUGUCAACAGUGGCGGAUUUCCCACUCAGGGUCUCUCGUGGUUCGUGGGAAUGACAGGCUGCGUUUUCGCCUUUGCUGGUGGCGAUGCUGCUGUGCAUAUGGCCGAGGAGGUGCGCAAUGCAUCUGUGGCAAUCCCGAGGGCUAUUCUCCUGUCGGUUCUCAUUAAUGGAGCGCUCGGAUUUGGCAUGUUGAUUGCUGUAUUGUUCUGUCUGGGUGAUCUCGACGCGGCCCUCGCAACUCCCACCGGAUAUCCAUAUAUGGAGAUUUUCCGCCAGGCAACCGAUUCCCUGGCGGGUGCCCUGGGAAUGACCUCGAUUUUAUUGAUCAUUGGCGUCUGCUCGGUGAUUGGAAUGCUCGCCGCUACAUCUCGUCAGUUCUGGUCUUUUGCGCGUGACCGGGCUGUGCCUGGAUGGCGCAUCUGGAGCAAGGUAUCAUAUCCUCACCCCCAUGCGCUUUCAAGGACCAUCACUGACAUGCUGCCUCGUCAGGUCUCCCCUACCAACUGCCUCCCCACGUACUCCAUCAUGCUCACAAUGACCGUAUGCUGUCUACUCGGCCUUAUCAACAUCGGCUCCAGCGUCGCCCUCAACGCCGUCGUCUCCAUGGCCGUGUCUGGUCUCUAUCUCUCCUACCUCAUGGUCGGAAGUCUUCUUCUCUACCGGCGAUGCACGGGCGCCAUCUCGCAAUACGACCAUGGAGAAGACGGGGUCAUCAAUGUGCCCGGUGCCAAGUUGGCCUGGGGCCCCUUCCAUGUGCCAGGCAUUUGGGGGACGGCGGUCAACACGUAUGCGGUGAUUUACAUGGUGAUCGUCGUGUUCUUCAGUUUCUGGCCUUCUCAGAUGUCCGUCGACAAAACGACGAUGAACUUUAGUGUGGUCGGUACGGUGGGGACGAUUCUGCUGGCACUUUUGUACUAUGUGCUGCGGGCGAGGAAGGUGUAUACGGGGCCUGUCAUGGAGGUUUCGAUUUGA